AAGAUGUGUGAGGUCAGGCGCCAGUGUCACCUUAGGCAGGAUUUCAGGAGCGGCUAAUUGCAGUCUCUACUUGAGCAACUGUUAACACAACAGUCGCUGCAGUCGGGAGGCACGCGCUGCGAGGAAAGCGAGCCAUAAAAAUGAGUGAACUGAGCACUAGAAAACAAAGCUUCAAAAAAUGCCGGAGUGCCACGUUCAGCAUUGAUGGCUUUAGCUUCACAAUAGUUGCAAAUGAAACUGGAGAAACCAAUUCUAGGCCUCUUGCAAGAUUUGCCCGUUCAAAAUCACAAAAUACUUUGUGGAAUGCCAUCACAGCAGGAAUUGGAAUCAAGGAUAAAGAGAAAAGAGGGAUUCUUAUUGAUCCUAGGAAUCCAGAAGAAAUCCUUGCAGAUGAACUUCCUCCAGUGGAUAGUCCUGAUGCUAUGGAGAAGACGGCCAUCAGGUUGCGAUGUUUGGUUAAACAACUGGAAAGAGGGGAGGCUUCAGUCGUAGACCUUAAAAAGAAUUUGGAAUAUGCUGCUUCAGUGCUUGAGUCAGUGUACAUCGAGGAAACAAGACGUCUUGUUGACACAGAGGAUGAACUCAGUGACAUUCAGUCCGACUCUGUGCCCUCUGAAGUGCGGGAUUGGUUAGCCUCCACCUUCACAAGGCAAAUGGGAAUGAUGCUGAAGAGAACAGAAGAGAAGCCCAGAUUUAGAAGCAUUGUUCAUGCCGUACAGGCUGGAAUAUUUGUUGAAAGAAUGUACAGAAGGACAUCAAACAUGGUUGGAUUAAGCUACCCUCCAUCUGUCAUUGCAGUGCUAAAGAAUGUUGACAAGUGGUCUUUUGAUGUCUUUGCACUUAAUGAUGCAAGUGGAGACCAUGCAUUAAAGUUCAUUUUUUAUGAACUUCUUACAAGAUAUGAUUUAAUUAAUCGUUUUAAGAUUCCCAUUUCAGCACUCGUGUCAUUUGUGGAAGCUCUUGAAGUUGGAUAUAGCAAACACAAAAAUCCAUAUCACAAUCUCAUGCAUGCAGCAGAUGUUACCCAGACUGUGCAUUACCUCCUUUUAAAGACGGGGAUGGUGCACUGGCUGACAGAACUGGAGAUUUUUGCCAUGAUAUUUGCUGCUGCUGUCCAUGAUUAUGAGCACACUGGGACUACAAACAACUUUCAUAUUCAGACCAGGUCUGACACAGCCAUUUUGUACAAUGACCGAGCAGUGCUUGAAAAUCACCACGUAAGUGCAGCUUACCGACUUCUACAGGAUGAUGAGGAAAUGAACAUUUUGUACAAUUUAUCAAAGGAUGACUGGAGAGAACUCCGUGCUCUUGUGGUGGAGAUGGUGCUUGCUACAGACAUGUCCUGUCAUUUCCAACAAAUCAAGGCAAUGAAGAAUUCCUUACAGCAACCUGAAGGAAUUGACAAGCCAAAAGCCUUAUCUUUGCUGUUGCACACUUCUGAUAUCAGUCAUCCUGCCAAAAACUGGGAGCUACAUCAUCGCUGGACCACAUCAUUACUUGAGGAAUUCUUUAGACAGGGUGAUAAAGAGGCAGAGCUUGGGCUUCCUUUCUCCCCACUUUGUGACCGAAAAUCAACCAUGGUAGCUCAAUCACAGAUAGGUUUUAUCGAUUUCAUUGUGGAGCCAACGUUCACUGUGCUUACUGAUAUGACAGAGAAAAUUGUUACUCCUCUGAUUGAUGAAGCAGCUCGCUCUGGCCUUACUGGAUUUCGUCGUUCCAGCUUAAACAGUAUCACCCCUACUGAAGUAAAAAGAUCCAGUGUGAAGAGUACUGGGUCAGAAGGAAGUGCCUCACUUAACUGUUCACUACUCACUGUGGAUUUUAAAAAUUUUAAAGCCAUUUGGUAUGAAACUGUGCUACAGAAUAGAGAAAAAUGGAAGACACAAGCAACCAAAGAAUCUGAAGAAAAAGCUAAGAGAGAGGCUGAAGAGAAAGCCCGGCAGGAGUCUGAAGGAGGUGAAAACGCAGCUACAGAAGCACAGGGAGAGCUUGGUGAAGAAACUGUUGAACAAAAGGAGGGCAAGAAUGGUACUAUUAAUGGGGCUGAAAUGAAUUGCACUUCUGAUCAUCCAGAUCCCAAAGAUGAAGAGAGAAACAAAGGAAAAGGUGACAAAAAACAGCAAGUACAAAAUGUGAAACGUCCAACAUAUGAUUUGAUAAGAUACUUCAAGAGACCAAGCUACUGUGCCACUUCAUAUCUUGCAUCUUUGCAAAAGAAGGCAGAAGAAAGCCUGAGUAAAGGAAAGCAUGAAGACCAAAGGAGCAAAGCAAAGAAACUUCAGCGUAUUUCUUUAAGAAGCAGCAAGUAAACAGGUGUCAGAGAUGGAGUAACUUAUUUACUACUAUUAGAUGAAAAAAGGUAGUUUAUUUUGUUAAAUCACAUUUUAUAGAUGUAAUUAUUUCAUUAAUUAAUAUGUAGCACCUUUAUGCACUAUAGCAACAAAUCUUAUACAUAUGAAUAUAUUGUCUAGUCUACCGGUAAGUGGAAAAUAACAUAUUUUUCCCCCAACCGAAAUAUAAAUACAUAAAAAGAAAAACCUUUAUGAUAUAUUUUAAUAAAAAUAUGAUAGUCCUGUCAUGGAAAAAUAAACAUGUCCACUGUCAUUACUAUUACACACAUUGAGCUACUGACAAAAAUGAUUAGGGAGGGAAGCACAACAGUACCAUCUUCCAUUAAUAUCUCUGGACAUGGGCAGCAUUAUCCCGAUGCCAUGUCUUUCAUGAUUUAAAACCUCACUUCAGCCCUGUUAAUUUGGAGCAACAGGGCAUACCAAUGAUAAUCCAGACAGUCAUUUGUUUACUUAAAGUUUAACAUUUACCUUUAAUCUUUACAGCCUUCUAAAUUGGUGACAUGUCAAAAUGUCCACUACACAGCCAACUCCAACCUAAUCUGCUGAAGGAUUUUUUCAGAAAAAUUAAGGUCAUCUUUGUUUCAGUGUUUAUCCAAUUAAAAAGAACAAAAGAUUUCAGAUGUCUGUAGGUUUAUUUCUGUAUGACACAACAAUUGGUUGACAGUAUACUUACAAUGUGAACAUUUGCAGAUCUCCUUUUCUUUGCCAGUGAUUUCAUAUCAAAUUGAGAGGCACGUUAUUAUCCGGCAGGUUGCUGAAAUCUCUGGCCUUUCAGCUUUCAGGAGAGCUGGCACAUGUUUUUAGCAUGAGCUGAUCACUUGUUAUAGGACAGAAAAAGUGACUUGAUGCACAGUGUGUGAGUGUUUGGUGUGGUAUUGGUUUUCUUUGUAUAAAUGCAAUAGCCUUUUUUUCAGAAGACAUGCAGUUGUCCAAUAAAAAGGAGCAGAGGUUUAGCUUUCUAGUACUUGCAAACAUAUUUCUGUGUGACAUCACAAUUGCUUGAUAAGGCAAUUCCAUUGCCAAUAUUUUCAGUUAUUUAGCUAAAUGUUUUCCUAACAGACAGCUCAUUCUUCUAUAUUCCGGUGGCCUGGGAGUAUAAUAGUUAGAAGAAGAAUGGAAGAGUGUGCAUUAUUACAAAACAGAGAUAUUAAUGUUUUAAUGUUUUUUUUAGUUACAAGAUUAUACAUCUAUGUGUUGUAAUAGAUACAGUCACUGGAAGAGUGUGCAUUAUUACAAGUUAUUAUAAGAUCUAUGCACCCUUUGCACUGUGUAGCUCAAUGAGAAAAACUAUCAAACAGGUUUUAUGUCAUAUCUUAUUGCUGUAUAGAAGAUCAAAUGCACACAGAUAUGGCUUUAAGGACAAAUCGUUUAUGUACUCCUGCUUACUUUUAGUCAGUAAAUAUGUCUGUUGUUCACAAUUGUUUUUGUAAUUCCAGUAUGGACUUUUGCAAAAUAUGUUUUUAAUAAAAUG